AUGAACGAGAAGAACAUCUUGGUAAUGACGAACUCGCCCUUCAUCAUCAAGCUCUACGAGACAUACAACGGAGCGCAGUCCCUGUACUUUCUCCUGGAGCUCGCUCUGGGGGGCGAGCUGUACGCCACCUACAACCGCAAGGGAUUCCACGGCAGCGAGUCCCACGCGAAGUACUACGCGGCGGGCACCUGCCUCGCGUUCCAGCACCUGCACGAGCGAAGGAUCAUCUACAGAGACCUGAAGCCCGAGAACCUGUUACUCACGGAGCAUGGGCACAUCAAGCUCACAGAUAUGGGCUUGGCCAAGUUCGUCAUCGGCAAGACGUACACGACGUGCGGCACGCCGGACUACUUCGCCCCGGAAGUGAUCGCCUCCGCCGGCCACACCAACGCGGUGGACUGGUGGGCACUGGGCAUCCUCAUUUACGAGUUGAUGGCAGGUAACCCUCCGUUCGAGUCCGCGACCCCAAUGCAGAUCUACGCCAAGGUGACCAAGGGCAUCGGGAAGGUGACCUUCCCGACGAAGUGCCAGGAGGCACCGUGGGCAUGCUGA